AUGACCGAGGCUUUAGAGAGGCACACCUUCAAGGUGUUCAAUCAAGAUUUUACUGUCGACAAAAGAUUCCAACUGAUCAAGGAAAUCGGUCACGGCGCGUAUGGAAUCGUCUGCUCGGCUAGAUUCACAGAAGCAACCGAUGAAACGAACGUUGCGAUCAAAAAGGUGACCAACAUAUUUGCUAAGACGCUACUGUGUAAGAGAUCACUUCGUGAACUAAAACUGCUACGACACUUCAGAGGUCACAAAAAUAUAACAUGUUUGUACGACAUGGACAUUGUCUUCUCUCCGGACUCGACCUUCAAUGGUUUGUAUCUAUAUGAGGAGCUGAUGGAAUGUGACGUUCACCAAAUCAUAAAGUCGGGCCAGCCCUUAACGGACGCACAUUACCAGAGCUUCAUCUACCAAAUUCUAUGUGCUUUGAAGUACAUACAUUCCGCAGACGUUCUUCACCGUGAUCUGAAGCCGGGCAAUCUACUGGUGAAUGCCGAUUGUCAGCUGAAAGUCUGCGAUUUUGGCUUGGCUAGAGGUUACUCCGAGAACCCUGUGGAAAACAACCAAUUUUUGACUGAAUACGUCGCUACUAGGUGGUACAGAGCGCCGGAAAUCAUGCUGAGUUACCAAGGCUACACCAAGGCUAUAGACAUAUGGUCGUGUGGUUGUAUCCUAGCAGAAUUACUGGGUGGCACGCCUAUUUUCAAAGGGAAGGACUAUGUGGACCAGCUGAAUAGGAUUUUACAAGUGCUGGGAACCCCGCCAGAGGAGACUCUAGAGCGCAUUGGGUCCAAAAAUGUUCAAGACUACAUUCAUCAAUUGGGCUAUAUUCCCAAAGUCCCCUUCUCGGUCUUGUAUCCGCAAGCCAAUGCUCAAGCCUUUGAUCUUUUGGAGAAAAUGCUUGCGUUCGAUCCUCAAAAAAGAAUUACAGUGGAAGAAGCUCUGGAGCAUCCUUAUUUGAGCAUAUGGCAUGACCCCAGUGACGAGCCUGUUUGCACUGAGAAAUUUGAUUUUGGCUUCGAGACUGUGAAUGAAAUGGAUCAGUUGAGGCAAAUGAUUCUAGAGGAGGUGCAAGAUUUCCGACAGUUUGUGAGAGAGCCACUGAUAGAAGAACAACAAGUACAGCAAGCACAGCAAGUACAGCAGCAGCAGGAACAGCAGGAACAGCAGGAACAGCAAGAACAGCAACUACGCCAACAUCAACAAGAGGAAACAGAACAGAGACACGGUCCGGGCCAGCAAUCACAAGGCUUCGGGGCAGGAGGGCAGCCCUCUUUGGAUAAUUAUCAAGAUGGAGACCUCAAGCAGCACAUGGUUUUCUCGCAGCCGUCAACGAAUUCCCCCGACAUUCACGACCAAUUUAUUGGCAUUCAUUCUGGUGACCUACCAGACCAUAACAUCGAUUUCCCGCCAAGACCACAUGAAAACCUACUUGCGUCGCCUUUGAACGGAAACGCAAACUCACUGGAUGCGGCUGGCUCUCUAGAUGACUUCUUAGAUCUCGAAAAAGAACUGGAGUUUGGGCUUGAUCGGAAGUACGCAUAA